CUCCCGUAACUCUACCAACCACACCUACACAUUUCGUCAACUGCAUCUUAGGGACCACUCAGUCUACCAUCUUCACUUCUACAAUUCCGCCAUCAUGGUCUGCUCAACGCAAUAUCAGGUCGACAAGGCCGCUUCCCGAACUCAGCAGAAGCCCUCGUCGUCGUCGUCCAAGAGCGGUUCCAAACAGCAUCUCCUCCCGGGUAUUCGAUGCCCUACGUGCCAUGCCUCAGGUAAAGAAGUGUGGGUACUACCCGGAAAAGAUCAGGAGUCUUGUUGGUCCGACUGCGACGCGAUGACUGGCAACCCUCAAAACAUUAACGAUACCCUGGGACGACGGCGAACGGCGACACACGAAAGCUAGUGGAUGAGGGGUUGUGCGCGGGCAUGACACCGGAUGGGGUCUGCUCGAGUAAGAGAAUGUCAUUUUCAUCAUAUUUUAUUA